UCAUGUUAUUAUUCACUUCUUUUUGUUAUUUUCAUUCCUGAAGCAAAAUUAGCAUACUUAGCUCGUUUGUUAUUUUCGUCCUCAGACGGUUAUGCUCCUCGUUUGUUAUUUUCGCUCUGAGGCGGUAUUAGCAUGGAUAGGCGUUUGUUAUUUUUGUCCUCAGACGGUUAUCUUCCUCGUUUGUUAUUUUCGCUCUGAGGCGGUAUUAGCAUGGAUAGGCGUUUGUUAUUUUCGUCCUCAGAUGGUUAUCUUCCUCGUUUGUUAUUUUCGCUCUGAGGUGGUAUUAGCAUGGAUAGGCGUUUGUUAUUUUCGUCCUCAGACGGUUACUCUCCUCGUUUGUUAUUUUCGCUCUGAGGCGGUACUAGCAUGGAUAGGCGUUUGUUAUUUUCGUCCUCAGAUGGUUAUCUUCCUUGUUUGUUAUUUUCGCUCUGAGGCGGUAUUAGCAUGGUUAGGCGUUUGUUAUUUUCGUCCUCAGACGGUUAUCCUCCUUCGUUUUUUUAUUUUCGUUCUGAGGCGGUAUUAGCAUGGUUUGGCGUUUGUUAUUUUUGCUUCAGGACGCCUUUUUUAAACCUAUUUUUUUCUUUUUUUAAUUUUUUUGUUUCUGAGCAAGGAUUAUAACAGUCUGAAAUGACAUUCUCAGACUGAGUGGUUUAUAUAUCCUUGGUAUGAUUUAUACACUAGACCCCAUAACAGGCAUAGCAGCACUAAAAUGUCAGAUCACCGGUUAAAGUUUAUGAUCAAAAAUAAAAAUAGGCCAAAGCUUAGCCCUAUUUACCUUUUAUCUCCCCAGGUUACAAAGUAGUUUAACUAUAGGCAGCUCUACAUGUGCUCAUUUGGAGACUCCCUAGAAGAUCUACACUUAAUAAUUGGGAGUCCCUUCAACUAAAUCUGAUUAAGAAAUUAUAGCUAAUACAAUAUAUCCAUGUAAAAUACUUAAAAAUAAUUAAGCUCGUAAAGAGCUGUGUCUGUUUUUAUUUUCUCAGGUCCUGUAAAGUGGUAUAGCUCUGCAUGCACUCUUAUGGAGUUACUUCGAAGGGUACAGUUUAAAAUUUGCUAUAAAAUUACAAAUCCCCUUGGGCUAGAUGGUAAUGUUAACAUCUUAAGUUUUAAGGCAAUCAUAUAGGUGGGAUUAAGUGUUAGAGUGAUCAUGUCAAUAGGAUUAAGUGUUUAUUAUUAAUAAUAAUAAAUUUAAAAGGAAUAAAUGCUCCAACAUGGGAAGGAGUCCAUACAGCAGACUCAUAGAAUGGCAAUCGCCUUAAGCACCACUCAGUGACUUCAAGAUCAGCCCUAAAGGCAUUCUGGUCUGGCUGGAAAGCCCACAAGAGAAUUUCAGGCGUGGAAUGCCAGGAGACUUGUGCAGAAGGUCUGUACGUGGAGAACCUCCUUGGGUGAGAUCCCAGUGGAGAAGAGUGGCCAUUGAAAGAUAAACUUUUUUCUGGAGGGAGGAGAAAACUUUCAUUUGCUUAUGACCUUGUCUGAAUACUGAUGAGUUUGCGGAACUCAGAAGGCUUCCAUGUCCUAGGCAGCUCAUGUCAAGAACCUUGGGUGAUCACUGAUGUCACACAUAAGAAUGUUAAUUGUUAAAUUAACAACAAAAGUCACUGUGUACUAACUUCCCAUGUAGGAUCUCUGUUCUCAAAAAAACUACAGUAUUAACUUUAAUGACAAAACUUAAUUCCAAAGGUUUACUUUGCUCUAUUGUGUGAUAGUAUGCAUCGUAAGUUCUAGUCAUGUCUAAGUGUCAGACUCCAUUAACUGUGUUUUUAGGUAUUUAAGGUUUAGUAAGUGCCUCAAAUGUAAAAUCUUACAUAUGUGUUUCUCUGUAAAAUUACUAUCUAAUAUGUUUUAACAUAGGGUCAGAUAUUUAAAGGUAGUUGAGGAGAUUUCUGAGAAUGGCAAAGUUCUAUGGACUUCGGAUUCCAAGAUUUGGAUUCCAGGCUUCUGUGUAUAGCUUUAAAGAUGCCCUGAUACAGUACAUACUGAAAAGGGUAGCUACAAAAGUUGUUCCAGAGAACUAAGGAGCUUCUAAAUAAAAGCUCCAGUAUUGGGAAUUGCUGAUGACAGGAUUCUAUGGAACUUGGAUUCUAGGAUUUGGAUUCCGAACUUUUUUUAAAAAGGCCCUGAUGCAGACUCUGUACUGAAAAGGGUAGCUACAAGAGUUAUGGAUUCCAGGAUCUGGAUUCUAAGCCUUGUGUUUGCUUAAAAGCCUCUGAAACAGACACUGUGCUGGACAGGGGAGCUGCAAAGGUGUUCCAAGGAAUCAAGGAGUUUUUAACAAAAACUCCAACAUUAGAAAUUCCUGAGCAAGCCAUUCAUAUGAAGAUCCUCUUCAGAUCAGUUUCAGCUUAAAUAAAAGGGACCUGACCAGGUGCUAGUGAACAUGACUACUUCUGUAAAAUUAGAACUAAACUUCUACCUCUUAAGUCUUCACAGGUGUAUACAAAAGACAUUCCUGACUAUUCCUAUAAGCCAAUCAAAAACCUUAGAACUCGACUUCUGGGAGUAACUGACCAUGCAGGGACACAGACCUUGGCAAUGAUUGAGACUGCUCCAACCCACAGAGCAAAUUUGUUAGUUAGGAUAGACAGAGACUUACAGACACUGGAUAGGCAGGGACUGUACUACACCCCUCAUGAACAGGAAGCAAUCACAGAAGAAAUGAGUUGACGGCAAUCAACUCCCCUUAGGACGAAGGGGAUGGAGUCUCUGAGGGGGGAAUGAAGUAGGCAGGUGAACUCUAGUAGGCCAGACCUACGAGAUGGGACCCUGGAAAAUCCAGAUGCCGAAUGGUUUACUGAUGGCAGCAGCUAUAUGAAGGAAGGAGUUAGAAAGGCAGACUAUGCCAUAGUGGAUUUUACUCAGACAUUAGAAGCCCAAGCACUACCACACAAUACUUCAGCCCAAAAGGCGGAGCUUAUUGCAUUGACUAAGACUUUACAACUGGGAAAAGGUCAGCAAGUUAAUAUAAAUAGAUAGAUAGGUAGAUUCCAGAUAUGCUUUCCUUGUGCUACAUGCACACACAGCCAUCUGGAAAGAGAGGGGCUUACUGACCCCUGUUAAAUAUGGAAAAGAGAUACUGGCUCUACUUCAGGCAGUACUGGAGCUUUUAGAGGUGGCUGUCAUCCACUGCAAGGGACAUCAGAAGGGAGAUAAUUAUGUUAACCAGGGAAAUGCAUGAGCAGAUAGAACAGCUAUGCAGGAAAAUUUGGAAAGGGCCCUUAUACCUCAAUCUGUGGAAGUCAUUAAGGAACUGCACUAUAUGGAGCCGGAGUUGAAUGGGCCCAACAGCAAGGCUAUACUAAAAAUGCAAAUGGAUGGUGGAUGCUAAAUCAUAAUUAUGCUACCAAUGGUCACUCAAUGGAAAAUUAUAAAGUAGAUACACAACUCUACCCACUUGGGAAGAGAUACCUUAGUACAAUUGGUCUCCCGAGCUUUUGGAGGAAAGGGACUAAAUACAGUCAUAAAGGAAAUGACUCUCUCUUGGCCACUGUGUUUACAGAAUAACCCUCCCCAUGUAAGGCCACCUCCCCUGUUGACUCCUGUGCAGAGGAAGGGAACAGACAGGUGUAGAUUGGCAGGUUGAUUUUACCAAUAUGCUCCCAAUUAGUAAUUAUAGGUACCUCCUAGUCUUUAUUGUUACUCUUACAGGAUGGAUGGAGGCCUUUUCAACCCGAAUGGAGAAAGCACACAAGGUGCUUAAAGCCAUGUUAAAAGACAUCGUGCCAUGCUUUGGACUCCCACGGUCACUCCAGAGUUACAAUGGAACCCGGCAACUUCUGAAAAUAAUGAUGACCAUGCAGGAGACAGUGAGAAUGGCGGUGACUGAAGGAGAUCCAGCUCGUGAAGUGAACUCAUUAGAUGAGAUAGGCAGAGACUCCCAGACCGAGAACAGGCAGGGUCUGCGCCCCUAAUCAGCAGGAAGUAGCUACAGAAGAUGGAGACUCAACGCCCAUCAACAUCCCCUUAAGAUUAAGGUCUGGAGUCUCUGAGGGGGGAAUGAAGUAGGCAGGCAUACAGGUUGGAUUUGUGAACUGGAAGACCACGCCCCUGUGUGAACUCAUGCUCCUACCUGAUGCCUUGGCCACGCCCUUGUGUGGCUUCAUUCCCCUACCUGGCCUUACCGGGGUGCCCACCAGCCAAUCAGGUUAAUUGACCACUCCCCUUUGGAGUGGGUUAAAAGCCUGGGGCACAGUGUGCCCAGCCUGCUCUUUUUCCCUGGCGUCUUGCUAGGAAGGGGCUUGCUGUAGCCCCACACCUCCAGGGCGCAUGGCCUUCGGGCCAUGUGCUCUGGGCAUCCUGGCCUAGAUGCUCUUCCACGUGGCUGGUUCCUGGUGCUUGGUCCAGAAACUGCUCAGGUGUGGAUGUAGGUGGUUGAGCAACAGGCAGUCCUGCCUUCUUGAUUCCCCAUAAAGAUACAGUUCUCUGCAGUGCAUCUGAGAAGCAGCAGACAACCCAAUUUCUUGAGUCCCUGCCACCAUGAGGGAGACUUGGAUGGAGUUCCAGAUCCGAGCUUUGAUCUGACCCAGUCCCAGCCAUUGUGACCAUUUGGCUUUCAGGUGAUUGACGAGGACAGAGUCCCUAAGCUGCGAAGAGACUGAAUUUUGGAAACUCCGUCCAGAACUCCACAGUGUGUAUUUAGGUGCUCUUCCCUCAGGCCUGCAGGUGGACAGCAAGAGCAACAGUGAUGAUAGCAUUUGAAGACCUGGCUGUGUUCUUUACUUGGGAGGAAUGGCAGAACAUGAACCAAGCUCAGAAAAUCCUGUACAGGGAUGUGAUGCUGGAGACCUACAGCAACCUCUUCUCCCUGGGGUACUGCAUGACCAAACCUGACUUGAUCUUCAAGUUGGAGCAAGGAGCAGAGCCCUGGAUGGGGGAAGAAUGCCUACAUCAGAGCCUUCCAGUUGCCAUGAAACUGGAUGAACUGAUUAAGACCAACCAGAAAAGUCUGGAGAAAAAUCUGAAUCAGGAUGUUAUGAAAAAUAAUAAGACAUUAACUCCCAAGGGAGUUGAAUUCAGAAAAACACUUAAUUUAAGUAUAAGCCAUAUUCCAAAACUGAGUAUCAAAAAGAGAAACUAUUCAGGAAUAAAACCUGAAGAAUGCAGUGUAUGUCACAAUGUGUAUCCCCAUUGUGGGCCUGAUCAGCUACAAGCUGGAGAGAAAUUUGAUGCUACUACGGUACCUGGGAACACUCUCCAGUUCUGUGAGCCUCUUAAUCAACAGCACAAAAUUCAGACCAUGGAGCAGGCACUUGAACAAAUUGGACAAGGGAAAGUCUUCAAAAGGAAGAAUAUAUUCUAUGAAUCUGAGAAGCUUUUUAUGGUAGAAACCUGUAAUAAGCCAACUGCCACUAUUGGCAAGACAACUGAAAUACUACAAGAUUUCCAUAAAAAGUCUAACCUCAGUAUACAUCAACAAAGUCCCAAAAGAGAGAACGUUUAUAAGUAUAUUGGGCCGGUGGAACCUGUCAUUUACCAACCACAUUUUAGAAUGAAUCAUAGACCAAAUAUAGAGAAGGAAUCCUAUGCAUGUAAAACUUGUGGGAAGUCAUUCAGUAAUAAAUUCUGCCAUCCCCUCCAUCACAGCACUCAUAUAGUGGAAAACCCUCAUGUGUGUAAUGAUUGUGGAGAAACCACUCACCAGAAGUCAGGUGUCAUUAGACAUCAGAGAAUUCACACAGGGUUGAAAUCUUAUAAAUGUAAUGACUUUGGGAAGUUCUUUGGCCAGAAGAAACACCUCAUAAAUCAUCAGAGAUUUCACACAGGGGAGAAGCCUUAUGAAUGCAAUGACUGUGGAAAAGCCUUUGGCCGGAAGUCACACCUCAGAAAUCAUCAGAUAAUUCACACAGGGGAUAAGCCUUAUGAAUGCAGUGACUGUGGAAAAGCCUUUGGCCAGAAGCCACACCUUAUAAAUCAUCAGAGAAUUCACACAGGGGAUAAGCCUUAUGAAUGCAAUGACUGUGGAAAAGCCUUUGGCCAGGAGUCACACCUCAUAAAUCAUCAGAGAAUUCACACAGGGGAUAAGCCUUAUGAAUGCAAUGACUGUGGAAAAGCCUUUGGCCAGAAGUCAAACCUCAGAAAGCAUCAGAGAAUUCAUACAGGUGAUAGGCCUUAUGAAUGCAGUGACUGCCAAAAAGCUUUUGGCCAGAAGUCAAACCUCAGAAAUCAUCAGAGAAUUCACACAGGGGAGAAACCUUAUGAAUGCAAUGACUGUGGAAAAACCUUUGGCCAGAAGUCAAACCUCAGAAAGCAUCAGAGAAUUCACACAGGGGAUAAGCCUUAUGAAUGUGGUGACUGCGGAAAAACCUUUGGCCACAAGUCACACCUCGUAAAUCAUCAGAGAAUUCACACAGGGGAGAAACCUUAUGAAUGCAAUGACUGUGGAAAUGCCUUUAGCCACAAAUCAACACUCACAAAUCAUCAGAGAAGUCACACAGGGGAGAAACCUUAUGAAUGCAAUGACUAUGGAAAAACCUUUGGCCAGAAUUCAAACUUCAGAAAGCAUCAGAGAAUUCACACAGGGGAUAAGUGUUAUGAAUGCAAUGGCUGUGGGAAAACCUUUGCCCAGAAGCCACACCUCAUAAAUCAUCAGAGAAUUCACACAGGGGAUAAGCUUUCUGAAUGCAAUGACUGUGGAAAAGCCUUUGCCCAGAAAUCAACACUCACAAAUCAGCAGAGAAGUCACACAGGGGAGAAACCUUAUGAAUGCAGUGACUGUGGAAAAACCUUUGGCCAGAAGACAAACCUCAUAAAUCAUCAGAGAAUUCACACAGGGGAUAAGCCUUAUGAAUGCAGUGACUGCGGAAAAGCCUUUGGCCAGAAGUCACACCUCAUAAAUCAUCAGAGAAUUCACACAGGGGAGAAACCUUAUGAAUGCAAUGACUGUGGAAAUGCCUUUAGCCAGAAAUCAACACUCACAAAGCAUCAGAGAAUUCACACAGGGGAGAAGCCUUAUGAAUGCAAUGACUGUGGAAAAACCUUUGGCCAGAAGUCAAACCUCAUAAAUCAUCAGAGAAGUCACAGAGGGGAUAAGCCUUAUGAAUGCAAUGACUGUGGAAAAGCCUUUGGCCAGAAAUCAUACCUCAGAAAGCAUCAGAGAAUUCACACCAUGGAGAAAGCUUAUAAAUGAAAUGACUGUGGAAAAGCCUUUGGUCCCAUCCUUGCAUACCGAGGAUAAAUCCCACUUGGUCUGGGUGGAUGAUCUUUCUGAAGCAUUGUUAGAUUAAGUUGGCCAGAAUUUUGUUGCGGAUCUUUGCAUGUAUGUUCAUCAGGGAAAUUGGUCUAUAAUUACUUUCUCUGUUGUAGUUUUUUCAGGUUUAGGAAUGAAGGUGAUGCUGGCUUCAUAGAAAGAAUUUGGGAGAAUCACCUCUCUCUCAAUUGUUUUGAAUAACUUGAGAAGAAUUGAAGUUAGUUCUUUAAAUGUCUGUCAGAAUUCAACAGUGAAGCCAUCCAAUCCUGAGAUUUUCUUUGUGGCAAGGGUCUUUAUUACUGAUAUCAUUUCCGUCUGGUUGUGGGUGUGUUUAGUUUUCCUAUAUCUGUGUUGCUCAAUUUAUGUAGGUUUUAUGGAUGUCAGGAUGGUGGAAAGCCUUUUUGCUGUAAUUCAUAACUCAUAAGAUAUCAGAGAAUUCACACAGGGAAUUUUCUAUAUGACCUUUUUGUACAAGUUAUAUCUCAUGAAAUAUUAGAGAAUUCACCAAGGGGAGAAAUGCAUGAAUGUAAUAAAUGUGAAUAAGCCUUUGUGGUGCAAAUCAGACCUCAUCAAACAUAAAAUAAUUCUCAUGGGGAGAAAUUUUAUGAAUGUAAUGACUCAGAGCCUUUUACCAUAAUUCAGCCCUCACUGUACAUCAUCAAAUUCAUAUAGGGAAAAACCCCUUUGAAAGUAAAAUCCCUUUAAUUAGAAGCCAUACCUCAUAAGACAACAGGGAAUUCACAUGGGAGAGAAACAUUAUGGGUGUAAUGAGUGUUGGAAAGCUCUGCCCAAAUCUCUCCUUAUAUCAGAAUGUACAACAUAUAUAUCUAAUGAAUGAAAUACAUGUGAGAAAGCCAUUUCACAUAAGUAAUGCCUCAUAAUCCAUCAUGGAGCUUGAACAAGGGAGAGACCUUAACAAUAUAAUGAAGGUGGAAGAGCUUUUCCCCAAAAUUCAUGUACGUAUUGUGAUAAAACCUUUUGCUGGAAAUCACAUCCUAUCUAACAGACUCAUGUAAUGGAGAAAGCUUAUAAAUAUUAUUAGUGUGAAAAGAUUGUCAGAAGUCAAUGGUACAUCAGAGAAUUGACACAGGUGGUUUCUUAGGAGUAUAAUGAUUGUGUAAAAACAUUUUCUUUAUUUCAGGCUUGUAUAGAUAUAGAAUUCACAAAAGGUGAUAUUCUUUGCAUGCUGUGAAUUUGAUAAAACUGUUAGCCAGAAAUUAGACAUCAACAGACUUCAGAGGAUUCAUAAGGAACAAAAUUCCAUGCAAUGACUUUGGAAAAAGUAUUUCUGCUGUAAAUCAGUCUUUAAUUCCCAUGAACAGACUCACAAAUGAGAAAACAUGCAUGCAUAGAAAAGUUUUGUACAAUAAAUUAUCUCUAGAUGGUAAACUAAUAAUUCACACAAAAGAAAAAUCAUGAGUGUAAUGGAAUUGGGAAACCCUUUGCUGUAAGGCAGAUUUCCAGGAAGCUUAGCAAGAUUACACAAAAGUCUCUGAAAAUGUAAGAUUUCUGAAAGAAUUGUUAGCAUCACAAAGUGGAGGAUAGCUCAAGUGCAUGUGUUUUUGUGACCUGGCAUCCAAAUUGGUAUCUCUUUUUCUUUGAUGAAUCCCUUGUUUAUUUAUUGAACAGAUUUAGAGACAAAGUGUUCCUAUCCAUUGGUUUACUAUUACAUGCCCACAAUUGCCAUGGUAAGGUCUAUGGCAAAAUCUGAGUGCUGAGGGCUGUGAAUCUGAUUCAUCACGGAUAAUGCUGAAGACAUUGGUUCCUGGUUUUUACACCGCUAUGCAUGGAAAUGUUUUUCUAAUUUCUUUUUCAAAGAGUUCAUUGUUAAUAUAAAGAAAUGCUCCUGAUUUUUAAAAUUUUAUUUAAAUAAUUUGUGAUCAGUGUGUACUAGUCAGACAUUAUUACAGGGUGUAGUGCAGUAUUUGUACACAUUUACACAGUAGAAACUGAUCAAGCUAAGCAACUACAGUUCUAUCAAUUUGUUUAAAGAUUUAUUUAUUUGAAAGACAGAGUUACAGAGAGAAAUAGCAGCAGAGAGAGGGAGAGGUCUUCCUCUGCUGGUUCACUCCCCAGAUGGCUGCAAUGGCUGGAGCUGUGCCAAUUUGAUGCCAGGAAACAGGAGCUUCUUCCAGAUCUCCCACUUGGGUUCAGGGACCCAAGGACUUGGGCCAUCUUCUACUGCUUUCCCAGGCCAUAGCAGAGAGUUGGAUUGGAAGAGGAGCAGCCUGGACUAGAACUGGUGCCCACGUGGGAUGCUGGUGCUUCAGGCCAGGCUGUUAGCCCACUGUGCCACAAUGCUGGCCCCCAAGCAACUACAGUUUAAUUCUUCUCCAUGAUUUGAGACUACCAGCUCCUCUCUUCCAGUUCUUUACACAGAACCUAAUAUGGUUGAAUGUAGUCAUCUCAUUAUAUUAUGGAACACCAGAAGUUCCUUCUGCCUCUUUGUAUUUUGUUACCUAUUAUCCAAUCCCCUUCUAUCCCUAGCUGCUUCCCUUCUCAGCCUCUAAUAAUCACAGUUCUGUGUUCAGAUCCAUUAUUUUCUUUCACUUCCACAUGUGACAAGGACUAUGUGACAUUUAUGUUCCUGUUUCUGGCUUAUUUCAAUUAAUUUAAUAAUAUUUUGUUCUUUUUUGUAUCUAAAUGAUGUUCCCCUGUCCAUUUUUUUCAUUGAUGGACAGCUAUAUUGGUUUCAAAUCAUGGCUGCAGUGAACUGUGUUAUGGGAAAAUUGCUGUAUCUUUGAUAUGCUCUUCUCAUUUCCUUCUAAUAAAAUUUCCUUCUUAUAUAUAGCCAAGAGCAAGAUAACUGUCAAACAGUACGUCAAUUUUUAUCUUUAUUUUAAAUUUUUGUUAUUUAUUUGAAAGAGUUACAGACAAAGGUAGAGACACAGAGAGGUCCUCCAUUAGCUGGUUCACUCUACAGAUGACUACAAAGGCUGGAGCUGUGCCAUUCUGAAGCCUGGAAAAAGGAGCUUCCUCUGGGUCUCCCACGUGGGUGGAUGGGCCCAAGGACUUGGGCCAUCUUCUUCUGCUAUCCCAGGACAUAGCAGAGAGCUGGAUUGGAAGAAGAGCAGCUGGAACUAGAACUGGCACCCAAAUGGGAUGCUGGCCCUUCAGGCCAGGGUUUUAACCCACUGCACCACAGUGCUGGCCCAAAUUUUUAUCUUUUUUAAGGAGUGACCAUACUGUUCUCCAUAACAACUGUACUAAUUUGUAUUUUCACCCACCAUAUAUGAAGGUUUUCUUUUCCCAUAUGCUCUCUAGCAUUUGUUAUUUUUUAUCAUUUUGGCAUAAAGAUGAUAUAAUAUUGUU